AUGCCGCCGACCCAUGGAUCACCCACUCCGUCGUCCUCUGUGGCCGGAGAGGCAUCGACGUCGUCUGUGCUGACUCCAGUUCAGCCUGUAGCGCCGGCGUCGGUGCCGGUAGCAAAUCCUGCGAGCCUUGCUGAAGUGACUCUGCUACGGACUGUCUCUCCAACGACGAUGGUGACGCCUGAUCAGCAGAAAACGUACAUGCAUGGUCCCUUGUUGAUAGAAGAAAUUGUGCCCAAUGAAGAGCUGCGUUUUGAGAGCAGAGAUGAAGCAGAGGAGUUUUACAAGUUCUAUGCGAGUAAGGCAGGAUUCGACGUGCGCAUAACCAAGACUAGGAAGACGGUUUUGGAGAUGAGUUGCAAUAAACAAGGGCAUUGGGAUUAUUAUAAGCCUGGUGAGGAGAGAGUUCGAGAGAAAAUGUCAAUGAGGUGUGAAUGCAAGGCAUUUGUGAAGGCUAAAUGGAACCAGAAGAAGGGAUAUUGGUUUUUUGAGAGGAUACGGAAAGCUGCAGUGACCAAGGCAGAGAGAGAAAAUGAUAUUCCCAAGUUGCUCGAGUUCUUCAAGGAGAUGAAGGCCCAUAAUGAAUAUUUCUACUAUGAUUUGCAGGAUGAGCAAGCUGAUACAUUUGAGUGGUUGUUUCAAGCAUUCCAAGACUGCAUGUUAGGGAGUCGAGAUCAUAGAUGUAUACUUACAGACCAGGAUAGUGCGAUGGCUGCCGCAGUCAAAAGGGUGUUUAAAAAAACACAACAUAGGUUGUGCCGUUGGCACAUGCUGAAGAAGUAUCGAAAUGAGCUUAAGAAAUUGUAUAAGUUGAAUGAGGGUCUGAAGAUAAAGUUGCUAACAGUAAUCAAUCACCCACUUAUGCAUAUCGAGUUUGAGGCAGCAUGGAAUGAGCUGGUAGAUGAGUAUGGCAUAUGGGAAGAUGAAACUAUCAAGGGUCUUUGGGAUAGUAGGAAGUUGUGGGUUGCAACUUACUUCAAACCCUUGUAUUGUGGAAGGAUGACGUCUACACAAAGGAGUGAAAGCGUGAAUAGGAUGCUCAAGAGCAGGCAUUUCACAGGCCACAUGACAUGCAUGAGCAAAUUUGCCCGCAAGAUGCUUGAGUUCAUUCAACACACAAAUCACACGGCGGCAGGAGAAACCCAUUGGUCACAGGCUAAUGUGGAAGAAGGUAGAUACACAUGCGAGUGCAAGACAUGGGAGCAUACAGGCUUGUUCUGCGCCCAUCUUAUUAAAGCUUUCACCUACCAGCAAAUUGAAAAUAUACCUUCGAAAUACAUAAUGAAGAGAUACACCAAAGAUGCGAGGAUGAUGGUAACUUGGGACAGGCAUGACAUAGCUAAUAUGGGAACAGAUUGUGAAGACGAGAGGUACGCAACAAGAAAGUUGGUAGAUUUAGCAAUGAUGGCCGUAAGGGCGCUCCGCAAAACAAGUAUUGGGGUUGAGAGAGGAAGCAAGGAUCUGCAAGCAUUGGCUGAGUGGGGUGAAUCAGUUGCGGUAGGUACUGGACCAUCGCAGAUGGGGAAUCUUAGAAACGAAGAAAAUGUGUCAGAUGGAAUAAGAGGACCUGAAGUUCCUACGGUCGAUGAAGUAGUGGCAAAUGAUACGGAAGAGGAUCCUCAUUCUCCUGCAAUUGGAAAAGACACGCUAAUUUCGGAAUGUGCGCUGAAGGGUGCUAGUACAAAGGGGAGGAAGUGCAAAGGGAAACAGAUAGUCUGA